CUCUACAGUCACUAUCAAAAUGGCGAGGAAGCUGCAUUAUUUCGACACCAACGGUAUCGCCGAGUCUGUCAGGUAUAUGCUUCAUUAUGCCAAGCAGAAGUUCGAAGACGUGAGAUACGACUAUCAGAGCUGGCCGGUUGAGCAAGUAAAGAAAUCUCUCCCAUUCGGCCAGUUGCCCUUGUAUGAAGAGGGCAGCAAGUCACUCUACCAAUCAGUAGCCAUUGCUCGAUACAUUGGUGCUGUUCACAACCUGAUCCCAGCAGACAUUUGGGAACAAGCCCAACUGGAUGCUAUUGUAUUGAGCGUCUACGACUUCUGGUCAAAGGUCAUAGCAUACGUUACAGAACAGGACAUUGUCAAGAAACAGGAGCUGAAGAAGGAAAUCUUCGGGGAAUUGAUCGACUUCUAUUUCUCAAGGUUUGAAAACCAACUGAAGAACAACAAGGGUUUCUUUGGAGGAAAGUUAAGCUGGGCUGACUUCGUUUUUGUGGGCAUCAUCGAAGCAGUUAACUUACGUUUGGGUGAGCAGAUAGAGAGCAAAUAUCCUCAUGUUGCAGCUCUUGUAGAGAAGAUCAGGAACUUACCCGGAGUUAAGGAGUACAUUGUCAGCAAGAAACCAUACGUUCUGUAAAUUAUUCAUUCAGAAAAACUGCUAUGACUGUUUGAUAAUAAAAUUUUGAUAUAAUUAUGUGAA